UCAACAACACCUCAAUAGACUCUAGCUCCACAGCCCCUCAGGGGCACAGCGAUGAACGGAAACGCGUGUUCCAGGCACAGUCAUCCUUGCAGGGCUCAGUGUUAUAAGCACGCUGGGUGUGGAACACUUCUGAGCAGACCUCCAUAGACAUGAAGGUAUUGGGACUUGAGCUUUAAGAAAACAGCAAGCAAUGGCAGCGUUAAUACCCUAAGAGUACACGUUUAAUUCUGUGGUUUAACAUACCAUAAUCAUUUACGCUACCUUAAUUCACGCUGAAAUAACACACUUCAUCUGUGCCCCACGAUUAUCGCUGCUGAUAGCUUCAUAAUGCUGAGUAGGAGCAGAAAGCUCCACUUACUUCAGUUAGCACACCCCAAGUAAAGUAAGGUUGUAUUUGUUGUCAUGGGCUUGGUUUUCCGUUUGUUUGUUUUGAAAGUAGCUCUAGGGGAGAUCUUAUCAAAAAAUCAUAAAUUCAAAUUGCUUCACUUGGUGAGCUGCAUCACUGAAACAACAAUUAAGUAUCCCUUCUGCUGCCAGGUCUGGCUCUAUCUGAACGUAUCACGAGGUCUGUUACCGCAUAAAGUUUCAAAAAUUCUUGCAAGGCUGAGUUAAUGAGUUUUAUUAACUGCAUAACAUGGUACAUUAAAUAGGAAUAUCCACAAACCACUACCAAAAGCCACAGGUCCAUUACCAGCAUAAUGUUGUUCAAACAUAAGAGCAACAGCUUUUCAGAAUUUCAACUAUUCCAGAAAAAGGAAAGUCCCCUCUUUGUCACCACAGGAGUUUUUAAAAUCCAUUGUUGAUUAAAUUAAAUUUGACCAGACAGUAGAGAUCUCAGAGAUACUGAGUUCCUGUUACUUCUGUGAAAAAUAGGUUGAGGGACAGAAAGAACAAUGGAAGUGCCUUAGCUGAGACAGAGGCUGCAGUAGGUGCCAAGCAGAGCUGCUAAGCAAAGUCUUUGCCACGCUGUUCACUGUGGUUAAAUGUAGAUGCCCUUGCUAAGUUCCAAGGAAAUUGCAAAUUAAGUUUCCAAAGUCACCAUGAUUCAUCUGAAUUUUGUUAAUGUCUCUCCCACAGCACCUCGGCCUUCUUCUUAGUUGAUCUGUAAGUUGGUAAUAAAAGGCAACAUGAAGUGGGAAUUUUGGAUGUAGUCAGCUUUCAAACAGAUCUACUUCUGGUAAUUUUGGUGAAAACCCAGAUGGAAACUGGUGCUAGUGUAGUAAAAGGCUAAUGCCGAAGCAAAGCAUGUCAAAUCUAAAACUUGGCAACUGCUAAUUCCCAAGCGAUUACACGACGCUGUAUUAGAGGCAUUACACUGCCAUGUAACAAUUCUAAAAUUAACACAGGACAAUCAGCAUAACUCCAGCUACAUAAGAACAUUUUAUUCUGGUUACCAAAUUAAGUGAGAAGAACAAAAGCCAGCUCCCCCUAGAAGUCUAGCCUUUGGGAAUUUUUCCCCACAGGAUCCCCUUUUAACAUUAAAAAUUUAUCUGAAGGAAAUUUUGCAACACGUAACAGGAGGUCUGAAGCAACUAAAAUAAAAAUCAGGAGCUAGAACAAACGGCUAAGGCGACUUAUCACGUAUUUGUUCUGUCAAUCGCAUCAAGAAGAUUAUCUUGUUUAAUCGGCCUGGCCACGGCACGCCACAGCUCCUGACAAGUCAGUCUGGGCACGCUGCGAGGCUGGAGCCUGCGGAUGUUAACGCUUCCAACGUCACGGUCUGACCGGCUGCCUUCCAGCGCAGAGCAGCGCGGGCACGGCCACCAGCGCGCCCCCGUGCGCUCCUCAGCUACCGAGCCCAACACGCACAAAAGCAUCCCGAAAAUAACGAGUCGGGGAGAGGCAGCUUCCUAAUCUACGCAGCAAAAGUCCGAUUUGUGAAUAAUUUCCUCCCGGGGUUGAGGGCUUGAUGCAAAUGAGCACAAAGGAAGUUGUCAGCAGCACCAUGCGCCGGCCAAUCGCAGGGAAGCUCCAUCUUAGCUGUGCCAUAGGCUGCAUUAAAACAGGGAACGGCACGGCGCUCUUUCAGCAUCCUUUCAGACAAGAGCCCCCAAAUCUGUGACAGGGAAUACGUUAAGGCAACUCUGCGAGAAUGGCAACCCUCAACGCCACUCACUGGAACGAGACCACAUCCAUUUACCAGUACCUGGGCUUCCAAGUGCAAAAAAUUUAUCCCUUCCACGAUAACUGGAACACUGCCUGCUUUGUUAUUCUGAUCAUAUUCAUCUUUACUGUCGUCUCUCUGGUGGUGCUGGCAUUCCUCUACGAACUGCUAGACUGUUGCUGCUGCGUGAAAAACAAAACUAUGAAGGACUUGGAGAACGAACCCAACCCUGUUAGGGCGAUGAUGAACAGCUUCAGAAAGCGCGAAACAGAGGUGGUGUAGGAAGGACUGAUCGUCAGCACUUGAACAACGUUUAACACCUUGAACAAAUCCUCUUGUACCUUACAAACGAGCAAGUCCCAUGUGUUUUUUUCGUUUCUUUUGGACUUAAAUGUAAUAGCAGCAGUUCCCAUUUUAUCUCUGGAUGUGAACUUGAAUAAUUAGCAAAGGCUUUCUGAGUGCUUAGCAAAAGGAUGACCUGUUGCAAUGUUAUGGUGGAAGAAAAAUUCUUUGUUUUUAAAUGCA